AUGAUGACGGAGCUGUUCCUCAGGCCCUGGAAAGAUUUGGAGAACCUCAAGAAGAGCUGGCACCCGCAGACCCUGCGCAAUGUGGAGAAGGUCUGGAAAGCGGAGCAGAAACAUGAGGCCGAGAGGAAGAAGAUCGAGGAGCUGCAGCGGGAGCUGCAGGAGGAGCGGGCCCGCGAGGAGAUGCAGCGCUACGCGGAGGACAUGGGCACCGUCAGAAAAAGAGAAGAGAAGUUGGAAUGGAUGUACCAGGGCCCUGGCGGCAUGGUGAACAGGGACGAGUACCUCCUGGGCCGCCCCGUGGAUAAAUUCAUCUUUGAGAAGGCAGAGGACAAGGACGCAGGCUGUUCCAGCGAGACUGGCCUUCUCCCAGGCUCCAUUUUUGCCAAGACAGGGGCAAACUCUGUCCUGGACAUGGCAAACAAAAUCCGGGAGGAUCCACUUUUCAUGAUAAGAAAGAAGGAGGAGGAGAAAAGGAGAGAAGUUUUGAAUAAUCCUGUAAAAAUGAAGAAAAUCAAAGAGUUGCUUCAAAACAGUUUAGAUAAAAAGGAGAAAAAGAAGAAGAAAGAGAAAAAGAAGAAGCACAAGAAGCAUCGACGUCGCAGUUCCAGCAGUGAAACUACCAGCAGCGAUGAGGACCGAAACAGAACCAAAUCUCAGAAGAAGAUGAAUAAUUCUUCCUCAAAACCUGUUCCUUACAAGAUCCCAGGAUAUGGUUUACAAGUUAGAGAGACUGACCAGAACCACAAGUCCCGGAGCUCUCCAGCUGCCAGCCAGGAGAGGGCCCCCCACAAGCACCGGGAUCGCUCCAGGUCCAGGAGCCGCUCGCGCUCUCCUCAGAGGCGCAGCAGCAAAAAGAGUGCGGAACAGCCUGGAUGCAGGAGGUCAAGAUCCCCUUCUAGACACAAUAAACAGUGAGUCAGUCGGGAGGAGAAAAGCAAAGCUAGAAGCCCUUCCCCUAAAAAGGGCUACCGCCGGCAGCAUUCCUCGGGUUACACCAAGAAGAUCUCUCCAGAGGAACUAGAGCGUAAACGCCAGGAAAUGAUGGAAAAUGCCAAGUGGCGAGACGAGGAGAGGGCCAACAACCUCAGGAAACACCAAAAGGAGGAGGAGCUGGAACGAGAGAUGGAAAAACUUGACUCCCGAGAUGGGAAGUUCUUGCAACGCUUAAAAGUAGAGAGUGCCUCUACUUCCACUCUAGAGGAUCGAGUGAAGCGCAAAAUCCACUCCCUGCAGAGAACUCCCGCUGCCUUGGAAAAGAACUUUAUGCAGAGAUGAAACUUGCUCUUCCCCAGAUUCUGUGCAGGAGUUAAACGGACACUUGUUCCCCAAAGGUGAGACCUCCAUCCAGCACAGAGCCUUCCUCU